CUUGUAUUGGUUGGUCUCUCGGAGAAACCCCUUGACUUGUUGGCGUUUCCCUUGAUCAUGGAAAAUUAGUUGCAGGAAGUGGCAUCGCUGGAAUAAAUUAAAGGAGACUCAAGCCAACAUAACAUCACGCCCGAUGUUGAGAUUGUGCCGAUGGACUGUCAACACCUCCAUGGAACGCCUAGCCAAAGCCGACGUGAAAUACUGAUUCGUAUUGGAUUUUUCCACAGAGGAAUAUGAUGGAUUGAAAAGGCAGGCAUGUAGAAUGUGCAAAUUGUUUACAUGGACCUUGUUUCUUACUCAUAAAAGUGAAGCAUUUCAUGUUUUCAAAAAUUUUCUAAAGAAAGUUCAAAAUGAAAAAGAAACAACCAUAGUAGCCAUAAGAAGCGACCAUGGGGGAGAGUUCGAACGAAAUCUGUUUUCAGAUUUGUGUGACGAACUUGGCAUUGAUCAUAACUUCUCAGCCCCACGGCUACGACGACCUCGACGCGCAGCUUCAUCAGGCCGGCCUUCGGCCUUUUGUCUCCCGGGCUCGGAAGGAGAUCAACCCGGUGCUGAUUCAGGUCUUCUACUCCAACCUCCGGCGUGAGGGUGACGUGCUCUAUUCUCUUGUCAAGAGCACGCCGAUAGAACUUUCAAUUGAGCAGCUUGGGCGCAUCACCGGCCUCCCCUACCAAGGCGACGACAUCUCCCUCUAUGGCGGAGAGGACUGGGUGCUCAACAAUGAGGGCCUUAUCCUCAACGAUCUUGGGAUCACCGAGCUCAUCCGCCAUGCCUCGGGCCGCCCAACCAUCCACUCCGCUAACCCCGAAGGCCGUCUUCUUCUCUACAUCGUCUCCCGGAUCAUCAAACCCAGGAAGCACGGCCACACCAUCAUGUCCAGUGAAGAUCUCAAGCUCAUCCAUGCAAUCAUGCACUCCGCCCCAAUCAAUUGGGCAAAGUUUGUCAUGAUCAACAUGACGAUUGUCGCGUCCACCGACCACGAUCACCUCCUCCCGUACCCGUUCGUGGUGAUGGACAUCCUUGAAUGGUUCAAGGUGACCACCACCGUUGGCCCACUCACAAAGGCCACGAAGAUUUGGGCGAUCAGCACCCAAGCCUUCAAGAAGCGGUCGGACAACGCCGGACCUGCCACUGCCGUGCAACGGCACCGUUCUGCUGCUGGCCCAGCCGAAGCCCAGGCCCGGGCCAACCUUGCCUCCAUCGUCGACUCCCUCAACCGGCUUCACAUCAAGGAUGAAAUGUAAAUUGUUAAUAUCCGAGAGUCAAUACAAAGUACAAAGUACAAAGCAUCGGGGCAUACCCCUAUAAAACAAAGGCAAGUUAUGCCAAACAAAAGGAAAGGAAGGAAACAAAGCACAAAGUAAAGAACUAGUGUUAUU